GCAUGCAAUAAGAAGUCUUCAAACACCUGCGUAUCCAUUUCUUAUAUAUAUAUAUAAUCAAAAAACAUUCAUUCAAUCAAAAAAAACCCACAACCCGAAAUUCAAUGGCGGAACUUCGCAACCCUCAGUACUCAAAAUCCCAACACUUCUCCUCCGAUCAACUCCCCCGCUCUCACAAAGUCGUCAAGGCCGCCACCGCAGUCACCACUGGCACAUCGUUUCUCUUCCUCUCCGGCCUACUGAUGACCGGUACCGUAAUUGGUCUGGCCGUCGUUACCCCAUUGUUGGUCAUAUUCAGCCCGGUUCUUGUCCCUGCAGUGAUAACGGCCUCGCUUUUAUUCCUGGGAUUCUUGGCCUCUGGUGGGUUUGGAGCUGCUGCAGUGGUUGUGUCGAUGUGGAUUUUCAGGUAUAUGGGUAAUAAUGGGAGAAAUCGUCGUGGAUAUUUGCCGGAAAAAAGUCGCUUCAAGUUCGCCGGUAAGGGGAGAGUGGAUGGUUAAAUUUGGAGAUGAAUGAAGCGAACGGAUGGAUGAGUUAAGUGCAUUUGGCAGAAGGGCAAUGGCCGUUGGAAGAUUUUGAUGUACCUUAACACUGCCUUCAAUGUUUGUUUAAUCAAUAAAACGUAGGUGAAUUUUCUUUCA